AAAAAUUAACCUGAGUUGACACAUGAUAAGAAUACUUGACGAAUUUCAGAGUCAAUUCCAGCAUCAAAACGCAUGGGUUGUGUAAAACAUCGAUAGACAUACACUGAAAUUUUUAUAUUUUGAUGGACCGCGGUCAAAGAAGCCGCGCGAGCCUUCUUGGAUGCAUUUUUAUUUUAUUUCAUUAGAGUGUCCGCUUAUGAAUAUUACAUAUUUCAUAAACUUUACUAGUGAUUAUGUCGACAAAGAGGUACAAAGCUGAGGAAGUCAGCGAAGACAGCAGCGCAGGUAGUGGUAGUGAUUUUGACGAUGAUGAAGACCCAGAUAAGAUUGAGGUGCCAGGUGGUGGUAAAGAUCUGGCGACUGCAGCGGGAAUUGGUAGUGUCAAGGAUGAAAAGCCUGCAAUUCCAGCUACUUUGAUCAAAGGACAAGGCGGAGUUAGCACUUUCAUGGAACCUCCACCAUUACUCAACCAAAAAUAUGCCAAUAAAAUCCCAGGUGGUCUAGUGACAAAGAGUAAUACAGCUCCAGGCUAUGAGAUGGUUCGCGUUGGAGGCUCUCAAGGAACUCCAGCCUUUAUGGGGGCUGGCGGGAUGGGCCCGGUUGGUCAAAUGCCAGCGAAUAAUCCUUAUGGAUUUCCACCAAGCCUUGCUAGCCUUGCAGGUUUCAACCCCGCUGCCUUUUUCCAACAGAGUAAGUCACCCUCUGCAAUGGAAAUGAGCAGUAUGAUGGGAAUGAAUAGUUUAAUGGGUCUUGGAUCCAUGACUGGUUUGAGCCCACUUAUGCUACAACAUUUCCUUACCCAGAACGGAAUGCAUCAGAAUUGGUCUGGAGGACUAUCUGGUAAAGCUGUCUCACAGUUGUGGAUGAACUCUGGGGAUCCUGGGAAAAUGAACAUGCAGCCCACGCUGCCCGAAGAGGAAGAAGUGGAUGAUGAGGACAUGGGAGUAGCUGAAACCUAUGCUGACUACAUGCCCACCAAAUUAAAACUUGGACGAAAGCAUCCUGAUCCUGUCGUAGAAACCGCCUCUUUAUCCAGUGUAGAGCCAACUGAUGUAUGGUACAAAGUUGUUAUACCUGAAGAAAUCAUCCGUUCAGGCGCGUUAUCUGCAUUGCAGUUAGAAUCCAUAACUUAUGCAUCACAGCAACAUGAACAUUUGUUGCCGGAUGGUACGCGAGCCGGUUUCCUCAUAGGAGAUGGAGCUGGAGUAGGCAAAGGCCGUACAAUAGCUGGAAUAAUUUUUGAGAAUUAUCUACGAGGCAGAAAACGAGCGAUCUGGGUGUCUGUGUCUAAUGAUUUGAAAUAUGAUGCUGAACGUGACUUGAAAGAUAUAGGAGCUGGCAAGAUCGAAGUACACCCUCUAAAUAAAUUUAAAUACGCCAAAAUAUCAUCAGCUGUAAAUGGAAAUGUUAAAAAAGGAGUGAUAUUCAGUACUUAUUCAGCUCUCAUUGGAGAGUCAUCACAAAGUGGAGGCAAAUACAAAAGUCGAUUGAAACAACUACUCCAAUGGUGCGGAGAAGACUUUGAUGGACUUAUUGUUUUCGACGAGUGUCACAGAGCAAAGAAUCUGUGCCCUACCGGUAGUUCCAAGCCAACAAAAACUGGUCUCACCGUCCUUGAACUCCAGAAUAAAUUACCUAAAGCAAGAGUUGUCUACGCUUCAGCCACAGGUGCAUCUGAGCCGAGAAAUAUGGCUUACAUGGUGAGAUGCGGUAUGUGGGGUGAAGGUACACCUUUUCCAGAGUUUACAGAUUUCAUUGCUGCUGUUGAAAAACGAGGUGUAGGCGCAAUGGAAAUCGUAGCCAUGGAUAUGAAGUUGAGAGGAAUGUAUAUAGCCAGGCAGCUUAGUUUCCACGGGGUCGCAUUCAAAAUAGAAGAAGUUCCGCUAUCUAAGGAAUUCACCAGAGUCUACGAUACUUCUGUCAGAUUGUGGGUUGAAGCCAUGCAGAAAUUUCAAGAAGCUGCGGAAUUGAUUGAUGCAGAAAACAGGAUGAAGAAAACAAUGUGGGGUCAGUUUUGGUCUUCUCAUCAAAGAUUUUUCAAAUACCUGUGUAUUGCUGCCAAAGUUAAACAUGCAGUCGCCGUAGCUCGAGAAGCGGUAAAGUGUGGCAAAUGUGUUGUAAUUGGUCUACAAUCUACCGGUGAAGCAAGAACAUUGGAACAAUUGGAAAGGGAUGAUGGCGAACUAAGUGACUUUGUAUCAACUGCAAAAGGAGUACUUCAAACGUUGGUAGAAAAACACUUUCCAGCACCUGACCGAAACAGAAUACACCGAUUACUUGGAUUAGAGCCUCCUAAGUCAGGAAAAUUGCAUAAUGGAGAUAUGGAGGAAGCUAGUGGUUCCACAGGUAAAAGAAAGCCAGUUCGUCAAGCAGCCCAGAGAGCUUCAAAGAAGGUAAAAACCUGGUCCACUGACGAUGAUGUAUCUGAAGAUGAUAGAAAUGGCGGUGGUCGUAGCUCUGGAUCCGAGUUCAAACUCUCGGGUAGUGAUACUGAAGAGGAAAAUCACAGUGAUGAUGAAAGUAAUGCUAGCUCUGACUUCAAUCCCUUCUACAGCGAUAGCGAUUCUGAUGCAGAUCCUUGGGACAGACGAAAGAAGAAAGGAAAAAAGCAUAAAAAAUCACCGAAGAAACGACUCAGCACACAAGAUAAAAUUCAGUCAAUGCUUGCAAAUAAAACGUCAAAUAACAAAAAUAAACGUAAUGGUGAUAGUAUUAUGGGGAUGCCUGGUAUGGGUCCAACAAUAUCACAAGCUCCACCUCGUGAUGCUAUAGAACGAGCUUGCAGUAUCAAGGAAGAAUUACUAGCCCAAAUCGAAGCUCUUGGCGAAAAAUUACCACCAAACACGCUCGAUCAACUCAUCGACGAGUUGGGUGGUCCUGAGAACGUUGCAGAAAUGACUGGCAGAAAAGGUCGAGUUGUCCAAACUGAGGAUGGCGCGAUUCAAUAUGAAUCUCGAUCAGAAGUUGACGUUCCACUAGAAACUUUAAACUUAACAGAAAAACAAAGGUUUAUGGAUGGUGAAAAAACUGUUGCCAUAAUUUCUGAAGCAGCCAGUAGUGGUAUUUCUUUACAAAGUGAUCGGAGGGCUAGAAAUCAAAUGCGUAGAGUACACAUAACGUUGGAGCUACCAUGGAGUGCAGACAGAGCUAUUCAACAGUUUGGCAGAACUCAUAGAUCAAAUCAAGUGAAUGCUCCUGAAUAUAUCUUCUUGAUAUCGGAUUUAGCCGGAGAACGAAGAUUCGCUUCCACUGUUGCAAAGCGUUUAGAAAGCUUGGGUGCUUUGACACACGGUGAUCGAAGAGCUACGGAAACGCGAGACUUAUCGCAGUUCAACAUCGAUAACAAAUAUGGUAGAACUGCGUUAGAAGCAACCAUGAAAACUAUAAUGGGUUAUGACUCGCCAUUGGUACCACCGCCACAAGAUUACAAAGGAGACUUUUUCAAAGACGUUGCAGACGCUUUAGUGGGAGUUGGACUAAUUAUCAAUAGUGAAAAUAUGCCAGGAGUCCUCACUUUAGACAAAGAUUAUAACAAUAUGUCCAAGUUUCUCAACAGGAUCUUGGGAAUGCCAGUGGAUUUGCAAAACAGACUUUUCAAGUAUUUCACAGAUACUCUGAAUGCGAUAAUAACGCAAGCAAAGAAGACGGGACGUUUUGACAUGGGUAUUCUCGACUUGGGUACUUCUGGUGAAAACGUUAAAAGGGUUAAACUAUACCGAUUUCUACGAAAACAUGCCACUGGUAUUGCGCCAACAGAACUGCACAUUGUUCACGUUGAAAGAGGAAUGAGUUGGACCGAAGCUCUUGAUCGGUGGUCUUCAUUAACUGGUUCCAAUGAAGGCUUCUACCUCAGUCAUCAGAUUCGAAAUGGAAAACAAACAGCUAUACUAGCCGUUGCAGUUGACAGUGGAAAGAAAAAAGUAGAAAACAAAAAAGAUCAACUGUAUACCGUUUACAGGCCAAACACAGGUCUACAGUUGAGACAAGAGUCAUUGGGUGAAUUAGAAAAAAAAUAUAAAAAAGUAACCACCGAAGAAGCAGAACCCCAUUGGACUCAGCAAUAUGAUGCAUCUGUUGACACGUGCUCUCAUGCUUAUUGGCGGGGUAAUUGCAAGAACACCACAUUGGGUUUGGAUUGCGAAGUCGGUCUCCGCAGGCGUUCUUACAAUGUACUUGCAGGAUCUGUCUUGAGCGUGUGGAGCAGAGUUGAAAAUGUACUCGCAGUGAGAUCUGGUCAUAAUUCCAAGAUGCAAGUCGUGAGGCUAAGGACAGAUGAGAGUCUAAAAAUAGUAGGCACGUUAAUUCCGAAAUCUUGUAUGGAGUCCUUGCGCGAAGCUCUCUCAUCAGAUGCUGAGAAAACUGAAGAGCAGACGUUUUGAGGAGAUAGCUUUGUGAUUGGUAUCAAAGGACCAAAAAAAAAAAACUAUAUACAUGGAAGCGUUAUUGACCAUGUGCGGGAUGUGGAAUCGAUGUCUGCCAUGCUUAUUCCAUCAUCGUUAUAAGAGAAUAACUGUAUAGAUUCCUCGUAGAAUCUAAUGGUAUGUGAAUUGCGUAAUGUAAUUUGCACCAAAAAUUUUUUCUAUUACAAAUUGAAGGAAAUAACGAUAUGGAGAUAAUUACUUAGAUUCAAAUUUGAAUCUUUCACUGUAUACGAAUAUGUAUGCAGUGCUCAACAGACGUUAUUUGAGAUGGAUAUUUAUAUCAAUGUUGUUUGUUUCUUUUUUUUUCUAAUUUGUGAUUCACAUUUAGGAAUAGCCAAAAUUGAUAAUUUGAGGGAGAUCCUUAUUUAUCAUCAACUUUUUACUACAAAACCAGAUUGAAUAGCAGAUUUAUUAUUGCUAAAAGAUUCAAAAUGUUCAAUGAUAAGAUAUCUGUUGGGGUAUAAACACGUGUAAACUUUUGCUAGACAAGAUAAGUCUUGAGCCAAUAUUGUUCUUCAGAUACCAAGGAAGAUAUUUUCAAAUAAUUUUCUGCUUUUUACGUCAAAAGAGUUUAUUACUCUCUAGACUUUCCAAAAGAUUUGUCCAUGAAAAUUGACUCAGCAAUUAUCACAAAUACCGUUUUAUUUAUUGACUUCUAAUACCCACUAUCCUAUUUCUCAUCUUCAUUCCCGUUUUUUCACUCUUCUUUUUCAAUGUUAGCGACAAUAUAUGAACCGAAAUUUGCGACAUUCGUUGCCAUGGUGCAGAAUGAAUUACAUACGAAUCGCCGAUUUCUUUCACGUAGCUAUUAUCUUCUAGCAAAAGUAUACGAUUAGUCUUAUCUAAGAGUGUGUCCAAAAGUGUGUUAGGUACCAAAAUAUAAGAGAAUGUGACUCUCAGUUUAUUAGAUUCUUGUAGAUGAUGUAAUUAGAGUAGAUGACUAAGGAUUCGCAACGUACUUUGUUAUAAAAGUAAUAAACAUUCUUAAACUUAAUUAAAUGAUUAUUCUUAGCAAAAAAUUUGUGCAAGCAGGAACAUUCGAUAUAACAAUUAGCUACACCAUCACUGAGCAUUGAUACUUUUUCAUUUUCUAUUCAUUUUAUCAUUAUUUGUCAUUUAGAUAGGUCGCAAUAAACUCACUUUGGCUGUGCAUUUCGCUGGAUCUUGCCCCAUAAAUGGCGUACACCCGAAUACGGUAAAACAGCAUCUAAUUUGAUCAUUUACUGUACCAAACUUGCCAUGUUUGAUUUGAUUUGAUGACUAAUUAUAAACAGGCCAAAUCUAAUAACUAUACUGAAAACAAUUACAUUAUUAAGUAUACAAAGUUUCAUAUGAAUGAUGAAAUAUUUGCGGUGAUUGAAAAAUAGAAAUUAAAAGUCGAUUGGUAAUCGCUCAUAGAAUUGAAUUUCUCAUCCAUACAAUUUCAUAACUCGCAUAUUCAAGAAACACCAUCUACAACAUUCUUCCGAGCAGAGGUUUCAUUCUCGUAACUAUGUUACUGUGAAACACCGAAAUCUGGAGAAAGUCGACUUUCACCGGUGAAUGUCAACAUUCACAUGGUCGAGGAGUGUAUGUCUGAAAUAUUUGCUGAAUACUCUUAUUUCUGACUUACACCGGUAAAUGUUGACAUUCACCAUGCAGAGCCUGUCGCGAUACACACCGGAGAGGGUCCGAAUGUACAACAAUGUAAUGAAAUAUUCGAUCUUUCACAUUCAUCUGUUGACAUUCACCGGUGAAAGUCGACAUUCUCUAAUUUCGGUCAUUCACGGUAACAACUACACCCUAGCUUAGUGUUUAAUUUAUUCCUACUCAACGAACGAUCAUAUCUUGUUAGAACUCAAUGCUUGAUUUGUAAAAAAAGCUAAGAUGUAUUGUUAAUCGCUUCAAUAUCUAUGAAGUAAAUCUUGAAGACAAAAACCAAGAAACUAAUUUAGGUAUUUGAGAUUAACUGGAGGUCACACUCUGCGAAAAGGUUGAAUGAUAAUUGAUAUCAAAUCGUCUUUCAGAAUCUUGUACUCUCUGUAUCUUAUGAAGUAAUUAUUUCAUCAGUAUUAGUUCCUGAUUGGCUAUUAAACUUUUCUAUAUUUCACUUCGCCAUGGACUAGAAAAAAAUAUUUAUGCAGUUAUCUUCCUUUAGCGUAGAAACUUUAUUAUUCAGAUAUAGGUAUACAAUGAUAUGAGCGUAUGAACCAGUCUGUCCAUACGAUGUGAAAAUAUUUUUAAAGUUUUUCAGCAGCCUACAAAUAUUAUUUCCUUGAACUUAGGGACACGCCAAAAGCUAUACAUCCUGUCUUAUACAUUUUAACCCUAUCAUAUUCCGUAUUGUAGUUCAAGCAAUUGACUGCAGUAUGGAAUUGCAGGAGUUGAAAAUUGAAGAUACAAUGCGUUUGGCCUGAACCAUGCAAAAAGUCCACCCAGGAUUGAGCUCAAGUUUAAGGUACCAUAUGUAGGCAAUAGUGGGCAACAGUAUGGUUUAGUAUACUACUAUAUAAUAUAAAUCUAAUGAAUCAACAAUGAUUACUAUUAAUGUUAGAUAUGCUGAACAUGAUAUAUUUAUAUUCAUAAUAAUACCCGUCGUGUAUACUAGGUGUUUGUAUGAAUUGCAACGCAAAAUGAGUGUUUAGCAAACAACUCAUUAAAUGCUACUUUUUCUUCAAUUAGAAAAGCGUCUCUGAAAACAUCGCUGUACAUCAGUAUAUUCCUCUCAUGUAAUUGGUAUUAAGAUUAUACAUCAACGUGUAUCUAUCGUUUUUUGAUGCGAAACUUAUGCCGUACCGAAUAUUAAGUAUUCAAAACUGUUUCCGGCACACAACUGAAUAUUUUUAUGUGAUAUUCACUUUUGUAACUUAAUUUGUUGUUUAGAGAAAAAGUAGCACCAGGCGAGUGAUGUCUUUAGCACCUUUGUAGAAAUAUAACAAGCAUAUAGAUCGAAAA